ACAGCCGGUGAAAGAUGGCGGCAAAACAUUUGGCGAAAAAAGCUCUCUACCGCAUGCCUACCCAUCAUCAUCAUCAUCCUCCUGCCGCAUUCUGGAGGGCUCCCUUCUCCACUGCUGCUCAAGAUACCAAUGCGGUAGCGGAAGGGAGAAAUUUGACAUCAUCAGUACUGCCUGAAACUACAAAGAGUGCAAGGAGUUAUGAAGCCAAAGACCAAGCUGGAGAUAUCAACGAUGAUGAUGAUGAUACAGCGAGACAAGGUGCUAUAAAAGCAAUGGAGACGGCGGAGGCUGUUGGGGAGACUGUUUUGGAGGCAAUGGACAGUGCUUGUGCUUAUGAUGUUACAGCCAAGACUACCCAAGAAGAAGAUGUCAGAGACACAACCGUUGUGGAGGCUGAUAAUCAUGUCGUUGAUACUGCCGAGUAUAGAAGUAUUCAAGAUGCUGCCAUUGCCAAGCAAACUGAAACCAGCUAGCACUGAAUAUGUGGCUUUUUUGGUAGUCAUUGAAAGUUGAAACUGAAACCUCAUGAAUCUGUGUAUAUUUUUCAGUUCUAGAAGUAAAAUGUUUCAUUUCAACGUUACAGGGCCAAU